AUGAACGCGUCCAAUGAUGGCUCGGAGUCGGUGGACCAGUUUCUGGCUCGCAUUGCCAGCCUGAACUCGAAACAGGGGCUUGAAGAGGCAGAACGGUCUAGAAAGAUGGAGGAAGAAAUGUUGCAGGCUAGGCGGGAGAGACAAGCAAGAAGGGCUGAACGUGCGCGCUCACUCUCCCCGUCCAAAACCGGACCUACGCCGUCGCUCCGACCUGGAAAAGACAUUCCCAAGCAUACUCAAGGGAUUGAACCUCCUGUCACUCUUGCAUCUCCUCUUAAAUCUCAAACACUAGGCCGGUCCGGCUCGAUAUCCCCCAAACUAAGUCGACCUACUGUCUCCGACCUCGACUUUUCAAGGCCCUUGCCCCCUUCGCCGCUCAAUGACGAGCCCUCGGUGCCCGGCCCUCCUCCGAAUGCAACAGCUCUAUCUAGAAGCGGGACUCUGUCUUGGAACCAAAGACCAUCGCCCAGAGGUGUUGGCUCAAUACGACCACGGCCACAGUCUGUUGCCUCGAUUCCCGACUUCAAUGCAACCUUGGACACAAGUAAACAGAAAGGGGCAGAAGAGAUAUCAAGGAAAGACAUUGCAGAAUCGUUGGGGGCAAAAGAUCCAUCAUGGUUCCGCCAGACAUCAGAUCGAGGGGCAGGGUCGGCGGCCUACCGCAGGGGUGAAAGUGAGGCAGAGAUGUCCGGCUUCACAGCUCGGAGCAUGAGGCUUCCAGGCCUGUCCAGGGACCCAGCUCCAGCUGACGAACAUGAGAGGGUAGAGACAGGUAGAACAACACCGUCAGCGUCGUCCACGAAACACACAUUAUCUUCGACGUCUGACCAGCCACCCGCGCCCAACCUCGAAUCCUCGGGGAGACCUCGCCCGGUCUCGUUGGUGUCAGAAACCCCUUCCAAGUCUGUGGCUCUGGAACUACCGACCUUCAAACCACUGGAUCUCAGUCUCUCACUGGAACCAGAUGCGAUCGGUCUGUGGCGAACCUCUAGCGUCUUAUCAUCGGCCGGACGACCUCCGUCUCCGACCAAGGGUUUGGGUGGGUUCGUGCAGAGUGCAAUGAUGAAGAGGUCAGAUAGUGUGAAUAAGAGGUGGAGUGUACAAGCAAGUGCUGGACUGAAGCGCGGAGACUCUGUAGCCGCCGCAUCUAGGCCUGCACACCUCUCUGGCCCGUCCGAGUACAGCCCUGGACAUAGUCGCAGCUCGUCCAAAGAUACAAGAGGGGUCCGGGAUGGAUACUCGUCUCCUUUGUCAGGCUCUAGGCCUGUUUCGAGCCACGGUGCAGAACCAGUCCCUUUCGCCAAAGGUCGCCCUUUCCCGCAACUACAGGACGAGUCAGCGCCUUCGCCCAAAAUUCAAACGGAGGUUGAACAGCGUGGCCGUUCAGAGACACUGGAGUCUGUCGAGCGGCAACGCACCAUGCGGAAAACAACGCCACCCCCGCCAGAAUCACCUUUAGGUCGCAGUCCGUCUAAAACCAUGGACCCUCGCCGUUGGAGCCCGACAAAAGCCAGCUGGCUGGAAAGUGCAUUGAACAAGCCCGACUCGCCCAAAUUUACUCCCGCCAAAGUCGAAACGCCUGCUUGGAGACUAAGUAUGCAGCGCUCAAAGCUAGACGAACAAUCCCGAUCGUCUGACCCUGCCGGUGUCGCUAGCCCAAAGCCUGCUCUGGCGCUGAAGCCGGUCAGUUCGCCACCAUUGAGUUCGUCCGAGACAAAGGAUGGUAAACCUUUUGAAACGGAUCUCGCAAAGCCAGCACCUGGGAAGGCUAGCCCGCAGAAAACCGCUCUGAAACCAGACUUGCCUCUGGCCGAUAUACCCGUGCACCCGACGAAGGAAGCUACCCUCAAAAAGGAAGAGAAGCCUGUGGUCCCGUCUAAGCGCAACAUCACACCUGUGCAAUUGAAGUCAUCCUCGAACGGUCAAACCGAACCCGAGGAUUUAGUUUCUACCGGGCAAAUCAAGACGACAGAAGCCAAUGCAAGGUCUCAAAAAACCGCCGACGAUGGCCCAAAAUCAGAGACCAAGCCCCCAGUUGUGAAGUCAAAGCCCCAGACCCCUCCCAAAACCGACUUCAGAGCCAACCUUAGACCCCGUCAAGCACCAUCGGCUGCAGGCAAUGAUACGGAGCCUGAAUUCAAGGCGGUGUUUGGCAAAUUGAAACGGACCCAAACUCAGCAUUAUGUGGCGCCCGAUUUACUCAAAGACAACAUCACAAAGGGGAAGGCAGCUUUAAAUACCACAGGAGGCCCGCAGAAAACUAAACAUGUCGAUGAACUCAAAGAGAGUAUUUUGCAGAAAAAAGAGGCUAUGAAGGCUUCCGGUAGCACCACGAGCAAGCGACCUGACUCCACGGACAAUCAGACCGAAUCUGCCCGGCCUGUUCCAGAAGCAUUGGCGCGUCGGAUGACAUUGCACAAAACAGGCCCCUCAAGGGACAAGGUGCAACUAACGGCCUCUUCUGACGAUACUGGGAAGUCAGGGCCACCUGCACGAGGAUCUCAGGUCCGGCUCGAAAAACCUGUCUUGCCAAAGAAGGACAGCUCCUUACCUUUACAACGCCCUGCUGUUGAUGCAGAAAAGCCCCAACCAACCGGCCUUAACAAAUCGGAGGUCAUUCCUGCCGUAGUAUCCCCAAGCAAGCUUGCGUCAACAUCUCACAAGGUUGAAGUUCGCCCAACCACGGCCUUGUCCCCUAGAGAACCUGUUUCGGAUCCUAUCACGGCGGCAAGCUCCAAAGUGACAGUUCCAGAGAACAGUAAGAUUGCGGCUCGGCUCAAUCCGGCGCUCGCAGGUCUUCUUACACGCACCGGGAGUCCUAGGUUGCCGGGAGAUUCGUCGUCGAUGGAAAGAGGCCAAGGGAUAGUCCGGGAGACUCAGCAGACUCACCAUCAAGAUGUCGGCGGCGAGUCUGCCGAACUGACCCACAUGACAAAGGCACGAGCAAAAGGCCCAAAGAGGCGAGCACCCAAGUCGAGCACUUCGAAAGAGCCAUCUAAGAAGGAAGUUGCUGCGCCAGGGCUAGCAACGUCAGAGGUGGCCUCAAAGCCGCCUUCUGCAGCACCGCAGCCUUCACUGGAGACCAGACCAGCAGCUCCUAACAAUCUGCCAUUGCGUCCUCUUCGUGGCGCCGCAACUUGGGCGGGGUCAGACGCAAAGACAGAUGGCAAGACGGAAAAGAAGCCAGCGGUGAUCACCCGAGAAUCGUCUCCGGCCGUUCCAACAUCCAAGUCGCAAGCGCCACAGGUAACGCCUACUGGAAGAUAUGAUGCUGGGUCCGUUAAGAUAUCAGACCCCGCACAUGAAUUGGAUUCAAGCACCAGAGCCAAGCCGCCCGUCGCCAACAAGUCGGCAGAACUUCGAAAAGUGUCGAAUACGGCUGGCGCCCCUAAGCCGAGCGAGAAAGCAAGUCCGGCCAAAUCGUCUACUCCUAAGAGGUUUGACGUUCUGACCGAUCGUCCUACCUUGGUCUCAUCUCCUCCUGAAUCGGAUGGUGAAAGAAAAGUCGGGUCAAUGGGCCCCUCGGUUCCCUCUGCUUUGCCAUUGACCCCAAGCAAGUCCAAACUCAACACGCCAAAACCGUCUAAGCCUUUGCCUCAUCCUUCAGCGAAAUCAAACCCGGCCACUCCCUCGAGUAAGAUCAGUGGACUUGGUCUCAAAUUUGAGUCUGCUUCGAAGAAUCCCGCCACUAUGCCUGAACUCACACCGCCACCCGAGCCAGAUGUUGUUAGUCCUUCUCGAAUGGCUGUGUCUUCCAGCGUGAACCCGUCACCAACGAAACCGAACUUCGCGCUAAUCCGUCAGCUCGAGGGCUUCUUUGGUGUCUUACCACAAGCGAGAGAAAAGGCGGAUUUUGACACUCACGGCUUCCUAUCUUCUCAACACAAUGGUGCGGAGAAGACCAAAACUUUGAGUAAUCAGAUCUGGGAGGUGACGGGCGACGGUAAAAGAAUCGCGAUGCCACCCCAACAGGAGCACAUUCUGUUUGAGGAUUGCAUGUACUUGUGUGUGCACUCGAUGCAAUCAUCCAACGGCUCGAAAGUCGUGGAGGUGUAUCUGUGGUGUGGGGAUGAAGUGCCAGCGGCGGCCAUUGAGGAUGCGCAGCUAUUUUGCAGGAAGGUCGCCCGUGACAACAGCUCGAGGCUGCAGGUGGUAAGACAAGGCAAAGAGAGCUCCGAGUUCUUCCAGGCACUGGGCGGCAUUGUCAUUAUCCGCCGAAACAAAUCCUCGGCCUUGUACAUGCUUUGCGGAAGACGACACCUUGGCCAUGUGGCGUUCGAUGAGGUCGAUCUGAUCCCUACUAGCCUAUGCUCUGGUCUACCUUUCUUGAUUUCUGCCAGAUUUGGAAAGCUCUACCUCUGGAAAGGGGCUGGCAGUGAUCCAGAAGAUGUCGGAUGCGCUAGAUUGAUUGGCAUGGAUUUAGGCCUGACCGGAGAAAUCGAGGAGAUCUCGGAGGGCGAGGAGCCUCCGAGUUUCUGGGAGUCAUUCCCUUCCGGGACAGUGAGACGUGCAGCGGGACAAGGACACAAGACUGCAGGACAGUUCCGUGGGCGUCCUUCGAAGUUAUACCGGGUGGAGCAUGACCGGCCCAAGUCAUCCGGAGGAUUCUGGGGACUGCGGGCAUCGUCGCCGCCGAAGCAAUCACCUAAAGCGUUGGUCGAGGAGAUUGUACCAUUCACGCAGAAUGACCUCGACGCCAACCACAUCCACAUCCUGGAUAGCUACGGCGAGGUCGACGUGCUCGUGGGUGCGUCCGCCAAAAAGCCUGCCGAAUUUGUCACCGCGGUCCAGAUUGCCCAGGAGAUGGCCGUUCUGUCGCCUUCGGUGCAAGACCGGCCUGCGCUGCCUUCUUGUUUUGUCGUCCUAGGUGAUCCUCCUCCGCACGUCAAAGCUGUCUUCCGGAAGUGGACUCCGCAACGAACCAGCCCUUCGCCAGGAGCAGGAGCGUCGUAUGUACGAGUGCAAGAAGUAAUGCAGGAACUAGGGAUGACAUUGUGA